GACCAGCCAGCAGCAUAACGAACCAGCAAAAGCAAACAACUGCUGCAAAUUUACGCAUUUUAAACGUUAUUUGAAUGUAAAUCGAGUGCAAAUUGUUAUCUAAACAUUCUUUAAGAACAUAAUAUACGCGUAUCGAGCCAAUAUGGAAGAUAUUUUCCACUGGUGCCGCGAGGGCAACUCAAUUCAAGUGCGCCUCUGGCUGGAUGAAACCGAGCAUGACAUGAAUUUGGGUGAUGAUCAUGGCUUCAGUCCGCUGCAUUGGGUGGCAAAAGAGGGACAUGCCAAGCUAGUGGAGACGCUGCUGCAGCGCGGCGCACGCGUCAAUGCCACCAACAUGGGUGACGACAUUCCCCUGCAUCUGGCCGCCGCCCACGGUCAUCGCGACGUGGUUCAAAUGUUGCUGCGCGAACGCUCCGAUGUGAAUGCUGUGAAUGAGCAUGGGAAUACACCGUUGCAUUACGCCUGCUUCUGGGGCUACGAUAUGAUCUGUGAGGAUCUGCUUAGCGCCGGCGCGUUGGUCAGCAUUGCCAACAAGGAUGGGCAUACGCCGGUGGACAAGGCCAAGCCCAGUUUGGGCAAACGCAUACAGGAUCUGGCUGAGAAGAGCGGGCAGGAAAUGAAGGUCAUCAGUUUCAAGGAGCAGAGCUGGUUGGGCAUGAAAACACGCUCAAGAGACGCCACCUUAUCCCGUUUCAAGGGCAUCAGCAUGGGGGAUCUGGACUUGCACACGAAGGUCUCCGUGACGCCAUCGGGUGAAACGUGGCGCGGUCGCUGGCAGAAGAACGAUGUCAUAGCUAAGAUUCUGGCGGUGCGUCAGUGCACGUCGCGCAUGUCACGAGACUUUAACGAGGAGUUUCCCAAGCUGCGCAUCUUCUCGCAUCCCAACAUAUUGCCCAUCAUCGGUGCCUGCAACUCGCCACCCAAUCUGGUUGUCAUAAGUCAAUUCAUGCCACGUUCAUCGCUGUUCAAUUUGUUGCAUGGAGCUUCGGGUGUCGUUGUGGACACCAGUCAGGCGGUGCACUUUGCCUUGGGCAUUGCACGUGGCAUGGCAUAUCUGCAUUCUCUGGAACGGAUUAUACCCACUUAUCAUUUGAAUAGUCAUCAUGUGAUGAUCGAUGAUGAUCUUACGGCGAGGAUUAGUAUGGGCGAUGCCAAGUUUUCGUUCCAGGAGAAGGGACGCAUCUAUCAGCCCGCUUGGAUGUCGCCGGAAGCGUUGCAACGCAAGCCAAGCGAUCGCAAUUGGGAGGCAUCCGAUAUGUGGAGCUUUGCGAUCAUCAUUUGGGAGCUGACCACACGCGAGGUGCCCUUCGCCGAAUGGUCGCCCAUGGAGUGCGGCAUGAAGAUUGCCCUCGAGGGAUUGCGUGUUAAAAUACCGCCAGGAACGUCUUCGCAUAUGGCCAAACUAAUCUCGAUCUGCAUGAAUGAGGAUUCGGGCAAGCGGCCCAAAUUCGAUAUGGUUGUGCCCAUUCUGGAGAAGAUGAAGCGCUAAUCGUAGCCCUGCCUUGAAAAUGAGUAAAAAGCGUUGCCUUUUUUCUCGCGAAUGCAUCGAAAUUACGAAGCCAAAAUGUGCCUGUUUACAAAAGUGUGUAGCUUAAAAAAGAAAAGAAGAAAAAUUUAAAAAAGAGGAGCAGCUAAAGGACUUGCUCGUUCCGUGUGUUUGCCAACUAAUAAUAACUAUUACUUUUGUGUUAACUGACAGAAAACUUAACUGAAUCUAACUGAAACCGCACGUGCCUAAAAACAAGAGUUUUUUCAAAUAAUAACGUUCUUUUUACAGGAAAAGCUUUCUCUCUUUUUGUGUAGUAUUUAUAUUUUCAUCCUGAUUAUGUUUUGUUUGAUGUUUAGACGGUGCUCGAUUUUGUAUAUGUUUUAAGUUGAAAUAUAUAUAUAUACAUACAUACAUGAAUAGUUUAAGCUUUUGAAGUACGUAUUUAUACAGCAUAUAUUUGUUACUAAUGAUUAAAAGAAAUUUGUGUACCUUUAAAACAAAA